AUGGGGGAACUGUUCAGGAGCGAGGAGAUGACCCUGGCCCAGCUCUUUCUCCAGUCAGAGGCAGCCUACUGCUGCGUCAGUGAGCUGGGAGAACUGGGCAUGGUCCAAUUUAGAGAUCUGAAUCCAGACGUAAACGUGUUCCAGCGCAAGUUUGUGAAUGAAGUGAGGAGAUGUGAGGAGAUGGACAGGAAACUGAGGUUUGUCGAGAAGGAGAUCAAGAAAGCCAAUAUCCCAACUGUUGACACUGGAGAAAAUCCAGAGGUGCCUUUUCCCAGGGACAUGAUUGAUCUAGAGGCCACCUUUGAGAAGCUGGAGAAUGAACUGAAGGAAAUCAACACCAACCAGGAGGCCCUGAAGAAGAACUUCCUGGAGCUGACGGAGCUCAAACACAUCCUCCGUCGCACACAGCAGUUCUUUGAUGAGAUGGAGGAUCCCAACCUGCUGGAGGAGUCAUCGGCCCUGAUGGAGGGCAGCGAGGGGGGCCGUGGGGCCCCGCUCAGACUCGGGUUUGUGGCCGGAGUGAUCAGCAGGGAGAGGAUCCCGACCUUUGAGAGGAUGCUGUGGCGAGUGUGUCGCGGUAACGUCUUUCUUAGGAAGGCAGAGAUUGAGGACCCUCUGGAGGACCCCGCCACGGGGGACCAAGUCCACAAAUCUGUGUUCAUUAUCUUCUUUCAAGGUGACCAGCUGAAGAACAGGGUGAAGAAGAUCUGUGAGGGGUUCCGUGCCUCACUCUACCCGUGUCCAGAGACCCCACAGGAGAGGAAGGAGAUGCUGGCUGGAGUCAACAGCCGCAUCGACGACCUCCAGAUGGUGCUGAACCAAACAGAGGACCACCGUCAGCGAGUGCUGCAGGCCGCUUCCAAGACCAUGCGGGUGUGGUUCAUCAAGGUGAGGAAGAUGAAGGCCAUCUACCACACACUCAACCUGUGCAACAUCGACGUCACCCAGAAGUGUCUGAUUGCUGAGGUGUGGUGUCCCGUCUCGGACCUGGACUCCAUCCAGUUUGCUCUGCGAAGAGGGACGGAGAGGAGUGGCUCCACGGUGCCGUCCAUUCUCAACAGGAUGCAGACAAAGCAAACUCCACCUACCUUCAAUAAGACCAACAAGUUCACGUCGGGCUUCCAGAACAUCGUCGACGCCUACGGCAUCGGGAACUACAGGGAGAUCAAUCCAGCUCCGUACACCAUCAUUACUUUUCCCUUCCUGUUUGCGGUGAUGUUUGGCGACAUGGGUCACGGCGCCCUGAUGACCUGUGCUGCCCUCUACCUGGUCAUCCGAGAGAGUCGCCUCGUCGCCCAGAAGAGCGACAACGAGAUGUUCAACAUGGUGUUUGCUGGUCGUUACAUCAUCCUGCUGAUGGGGAUGUUCUCCAUGUACACUGGAAUCAUUUACAACGACUGCUUCUCCAAGUCACUCAACAUGUUCGGCUCUGGGUGGAGUGUCAGGCCCAUGUUUGGCCCCAAAGGGGCCAACUGGACGUUUCAGACACUUGAUGCAAAUGGAGUUCUACAGUUAGAUCCAGCUGUUCCUGGUGUUUUCAACGGGCCUUAUCCACUUGGAAUUGACCCGAUCUGGAAUCUUGCCACCAACAAGCUGACCUUCCUCAACUCAUUCAAGAUGAAGAUGUCUGUGAUCCUAGGUGUCAUCCAUAUGCUGUUUGGAGUGUCUCUCAGUCUCUUCAACCACCUGUACUUCAAGAAGCCGCUGAACAUCUUCCUGGGCUUCAUCCCAGAGAUCGUCUUCAUGGCGAGCCUGUUUGGCUACCUCGCCCUGCUGGUCUUCUACAAGUGGACGGCCUAUGAUGCCUUCACCUCCAAGGAUGCGCCCAGCCUGCUCAUCCACUUCAUCAACAUGUGUCUCUUCAACUACAAUGACCCCUCCAGCAAGCCCCUCUACAGGGGACAGAUGGGGAUCCAGAUUUUGUUGGUGCUGAUUGCCCUUGCAUGUGUACCCUGUAUGCUGAUUGUGAAAACUAUGGUGCUUCGGCGUCAGCACCUGUGGAAGCUGCACCUGUCCCAGAAGAGGGAAGAAACCCCUGCAGAGAAUCUAGAGCAGUCUUUAGAGCAAACAGGCGUGUCCUCAUCAUGCACCGGACUCACCCAACAGGGCACACAGAAGUUCGGAGGGGUGCGGGUGGGCAACGGGCCAACGGAGGACGAGGCUGGCAUCAUGGACCAUGACCACCUCUCCCAGCACUCAGAGGAAGGAGAUGAGCACUCAGAGGAAGAGCCGUUUGACUUUGGUGACGUAGCUGUCCACCAGGCCAUCCACACCAUAGAGUACUGUCUGGGAUGCAUCUCCAACACAGCCUCCUACCUGCGCCUCUGGGCCCUCAGCCUGGCUCAUGCACAGCUCUCAGAGGUGCUCUGGUCCAUGGUGAUGCACCUGGGUCUGUCAUCCCGGAGCGGCGGCGGGUUCUUCGCCCUGUCUAUCAUCUUCUCGGCCUUUGCCACCCUCACUGUUGCCAUCCUGCUCGUCAUGGAGGGACUGUCAGCCUUCCUGCACGCCCUGCGUCUGCACUGGGUGGAGUUCCAGAACAAGUUCUACUCCGGCCAGGGCUUCAAGUUUGUCCCCUUCUCAUUUGAGAGCAUCCUGGAGGGACGAUUUGACGAGUGA